AUGAGGUCGUCGUCAAUUUCAUUACGUCCACUGCGGCGAGCGCUGGCGCCGUCGGUAUCGACACAACUUCUGCCACCCCUUGCAACGGGCCCCCGGCUCUACUCGACACACCCGCCCAAUGCAAAGCUCAACAUACCCGUGGACUACGCGACAACGUCACUCCUCGCGCACUCUUCACAAACUGCUCUCGGCACGGCCGAAUUACCGGCGGAGGUGCGCGAUGGCACGACAAAGAAGAUGAACCUGUUUCAAGCCAUCAACGAUGCUCUCUCCAUCGCCCUGGCUGAGGACGACUCCGUCAUGGUUUUUGGCGAGGACGUUGCCUUUGGCGGCGUCUUUCGGUGCACGAUGAAGCUGGCAGAGACGUACGGUGCCGACCGCAUCUUCAACACGCCAUUGACGGAACAGGGCAUCAUGGGCUUCGCCAUUGGCGCGGCCGCGGAGGGUAUGCGGCCGGUUGCUGAGAUACAAUUUGCCGACUACGUCUACCCGGCCUUUGACCAGCUCGUCAACGAGGCAGCCAAGUACCGAUACAGGGACGGCGCCUGUGGCCGGAGCGUUGGUGGUCUGACGGUACGCAUGCCCUGCGGCGGCGUCGGCCACGGCGCCCUCUAUCACUCGCAGUCGCCCGAGAGCUUGUUCACGCACAUCCCCGGUCUGCGGGUGAUCAUGCCACGGUCACCUCUACAAGCUAAGGGUCUGUUGCUGGCGGCCAUCCGCAGCAAUGACCCGUGCAUCUUCAUGGAGCCCAAGAUUCUGUACCGCGCGGCCGUCGAGCAGGUGCCCGCGGGAGCGUACACGCUGCCGUUGUCCAAGGCGGAGGUGCUGAAGGAGGGCAAGGACGUGACGAUUAUCUCGUACGGACAGCCGCUGUAUACUUGCAUGUCGGCCAUACAAAAGGCCGAAGAGGAGCUGGGCAUCUCUGUCGAGCUCAUUGAUCUUAGAACGCUGUACCCCUGGGAUAAGGAGACGGUAUUCCAGAGCGUGCGCAAGACAGGCCACUGCAUCGUGGUGCACGAAGCGAUGGUGAAUGCUGGUAUCGGUGCUGAGGUUGCUGCCACGAUCCAGGAGGAUCCUGGUACCUUUUUGAGGCUGGAGGCACCGGUUGCAAGAGUUGCUGGAUGGAGCAUUCACACCCCGUUGCUUUAUGAGAAGUUCAACAUCCCUGAUGUUGCAACCAAUCCGCCCCUCCCCAUGUCCCGCCUCCAACUGCCCCGCAUUACGUUUCAACGUUCGAGAGAGGCAGACAGCUCUCCAUUUACUCCGUACAGCCGCAAUCGUUACCGACUCAACGACAGACUGAUUGCGCGACCAGAACCUUUGACCCUUUCCGCCGCACCAGAUUGCAACCUCACAAUGUCCCAAGUCGAGACCGUGUCCUCCUUCGUGGAGGGUGCUCCCCCAGGCGAGCUCGCAGAUGUUAUUGCAGAUAUCAAGUCGCUCACCGUAUCGGACCCCGAGAUCGUGUCCAGCCUCGAGCCGGCUUUUGAAAAGUACAACGAGGAGCAGUUCGUCACGGUGAAGCUGCCAGGCGGAAGCCAGCAGGUCAUUGUUAGCGCGCACAGCUCGCUCGGCGACGGCCAGUACUUUGACGUGGAGAGCUCCACGAGCUUCUCCUUUGACCACACCACACAGAAGGCGAGCAACGUGCAGAGCUACGUUUUGGAGAGCGCCAACUCGGACUUGAUCAAGUCGACGUUGAAGAGCCUCGGCCCCUAUGUCCAGGAACACUUCCCCAACGCCGCGUACGGCGUCUACCCCACCGAGAACGAUUCCAAGGUUGCCGUCAUAAUCGUCUCGAACAAGUACUCUCCCAACAACUUCUGGAACGGCCGAUGGCGAUCAGUGUACAUCUUCGACCCCUCCUCCGAGGCCCUCGAGGGCUCCGUCAAGGUCGACGUGCACUACUACGAAGACGGCAACGUCAGGCUGCUCACGAGCCGGCCCAGCCAGGCGUCGGUGUCAUCGGGCACGGGCGCGGGCAUCGUCAAGGAGAUUGCGGCGUCGGAGAAGAAGUACCAGGAGGAGCUCAACAGGGGGUUCACGAGCCUGAGCGAGGGCGCGUUCAAGGGCCUGCGACGACAGCUGCCGGUGACGAGGCAGAAGAUUGAGUGGGACAAGAUUACCUCGUACAGGCUGGGCCAGGAUAUUGGCGGUGGCCGGAAAUAA